UAGCCUGAGAGGCUAAGCACCAAUCUGCCAAUACUGGACAGAACAUAAGGGUUUUCAGUUUAAAUAAUUUUAAUUUUAAUUUAUUCUCUGUCACAGCUGAAACGGAUGUACUCACACAGUUAAGCAGACCAAGUUCACUUACUCAGCAGUUAUAGUCCCCAGUCCUGGUGUAGUUGUUGGUCUUUCACAGAAUAUCUCUCAAUCACAAGUAGUUUGCUGGAAAACGCCCACCAGUUGGAUGUGGAGGUUAAAACGUUAUGGACGGUUUGUCCCAGGAUCCAGAGAGACGGGGAGAAAAUCCUGGAAGGUAUUUGAUACAAAUGGGAGUAAACCUGAAAUUGUCCUCACAAUUGUGGACCCUGGAUAUUUGCUGGUAUUGCAAGGACAGGAAAGCUUGGACACAAUCCCAUUGCUCUGUGGCUCAGAGUUUGUGAAAGUACACCAGAACUCUGAUAACCUGAUGUUUCGAAUUACAAUGAAGGGAGAGAGCCGCAUGAUGAGGAUGCAGUUUGACGGAAGUAACAGGGCAGAGGCUGUGAAGGAGUGUUCAAGUGCCGUAGAAAAACUGACGGAGUACAUGCCUGUCACCACUCAGGAUGAUGCCACACCACCACACAAUCAGCCUCCCGCUGAGGUCGCUGCACCAGUGACACAGGGAAAAGCUGUGGGAGCUUAUCCAGAGGUUGCCCAAGGAUCAUUGUCCAUCAAGCAACUAACAGAGCACUUUCUGGGAGAGGCGGCUGUGGCUCUGCCUGAAGUUUAUCACCACAGCCCUUUGGCCCAGUGUGACUUAGAGCCCAUCCUUCGCGUUUGUUUGCUGGAUCCAAGCUUUCAUGCUUUUGUGGAAAAGGUGGAGGGGGAGCUGAAGAAACUGAUUCGAGAGUGAAUAAUCGCAACAACAGUUGAAGGCAGAGAGGUCAAGUUAGUCUAGUUACUCAUGUUUUUUUUUUUUUCCUUAUACACUUUGUGUAGGCAGUGCCUGGUGGUGGAGUGUUUCGUGUUGUCCUGCCAACAUUGUUUCCAAUGUUGUUACAUAUUAGUUGUUAUGGUAUAUGACCCAAAGGGCAUGUUUUCAAUUGCACUGAAUUCAGGCGGUUAGAGAAGAACUUGCAAAACAGAAAAUAUAAGGAAUUCGUUCAUUUUUGAGCUUUUUAUUCAGAAAAAAAUAUUGGUCUCACUCAUGUUCGUGGCUAUAUACUCUGGUCCCUCUGACCCCACCUUACCGCAGGUCCAUUUCCACCACCACACACGGAUACAUUUGAUUCAAACAGGAGUCAUGCAGCUACAGCAGUGAAUUUUGCUAUGCCAGCUUCCAAGUGAUCCCACAACAUUAAAGCUUCACUGAGUAAAACAAACCGCCCUCCAUAUAUCUAUUUAAGAAUACAUAUUGCAUAGGAUUAUAGCCAUGCUAUACAGUUAAAGAGAAAAAAAAAAUCUAAUAAAAAUCAGUUCAUGAAAUUGGGGAAUAUAAAAAAAAUAUUAUUUUUUUUUACAGAUUUCCUAUUAUUUGAACACUCAUACUUCAACGUAUACAAGACACCUAAGUUACUCUGGAAAGAAAAUAAAAAUAAUACACAUUUUCCUUUUAGUUAAGAUAGUUAAACACACAUUUUCUGUAAUCACUCGCAAUUAAAUUGAAAUACUGCCAGUCAAGGAAGCCCCAGCUUCACAAUAAAAAUUAUUUUCAAAGUGGACGUAUUGUCACAAAAUCAAACAUCGUUAAAUGACCAUGAUAUGCUGUACAAAUCUUCAAGAAUAAAACUAUAUAUUUAUCACAUAUAUAUGCAUAUGAUAUACAUGUGUAAUAAGGAUGACUCCAUUAAAAAACAUAGGUCAUUCUGGAUGCAAUAAAAGCCACAAGGGGGGGACAACAACAGAAAAUCUCUAUUCUGAAUAUCCUAUUGCGUAAUUAUCUUGCAUGCAUUGUACAUGAUAUGUAAUACAAAAGGGAUCACCUCAUUUGAGGACAUGAUGAAAUUAAUAAAGAG